GUAGAAUAUGUGUGGAGAGAAAGAGUAUACAAGAUCUUUUUGGUAGUUUUGCAUCAGGUCGGCUUUACCACCAAGUGGAAACAAUGGUGCGCUAUUAUCGGAUUCCUGUUCUUCUGAUAGAGUUUUCACAGGACAAAAGCUUUUCAUUUCAGUCUGCUAGUGACAUUGGUGAUGAUGUCACUCCAAAUAGCAUUAUAUCCAAACUUUCAUUGCUUGUGCUACAUUUCCCCCGGCUACGCAUUGUCUGGUCUCGCAGUUUGUAUGCUACCGCUGAGAUAUUUGCUUCCCUAAAAGCAAAUCAGGAUGAACCUGAUGAAGUCAAGGCAAUUAGAGUUGGCGUCCCCUCAGAAGAGGGUAUUGUGGAAAAUGAUGUGAGAGCUGAAAAUUACAACACGUCUGCGGUGGAGUUCUUGAGACGGCUCCCAGGUGUCACUGAUUCAAACUACAGGGCUAUAAUUGAUGGGUGUGAAAGUUUGGCAGAACUUGCUCUUCUUCCUGUAGAGAAACUAGCUGAGCUGAUGGGUGGUCAGAAAGCCGCCAAGACCUUGAAGGACUUCCUGGAUGCCAAAUAUCCAACAUUGCUUUGACGUCAAUUCAAUGAAAUUCAAUUCAGUCAUACACAAGGCAAUGCCAUAAUUUAUCAUUCAUUCCUGUAUUAUUGCAAUAGCUCGGGCUUUCAUCUGUUAUAGAAUGGGUAAUAAAGCUGCUCAUGCCUUCACAAUCUGCAUGGUUGAUUAUUGAUUAGUUGUUGUUGUUGUUGUUGUUUUUUUUUUUUUUUUUUUGAGGACGAUUAUUGAUUAGCUGUUGUUUGUCUUUUUCAGUGCUUAUUUGAUUCGUUGUAAAUUUUAGGCUGAGGAUAGAAGUUGACAUUUAUAAACAUGUCAUUGUAUCAUUAUGAUUUUUUGUUCAAAA